AGUUGUAAAGAAAAGGAGAAAGAUUAAACAGAAGAACAAUUUCUUCAAACGAAAUGGUAGUUUAUUGUUACAGCAGCAAUUAUCUUCACAUGAAGCCAAUAUUGAGAACAUCAAAUUGUUUAGUUCAAAAGAUUUGGAAAAGGCCACCGACCAUUUUAAUGUGAAUAGAAUACUUGGCCAAGGAGGAUAAAGCACUGUUUACAAAAGCAUGUUGGCAGAUGGAAGAAUUGUUGCAGUAAAAAAGUCCAGGGUAAUUGAUGAAGGAAAACGACUCGAAGAAUUCAUCAAUGAAGUUGUCAUUCUUUCACAAAUUAACCAGAGGAAAGUGGUUAAACUGAUUGGCUGUUGUUUGGAGACGGAAGUUCCUCUGCUAGUUUAUGAAUACGUUUGUAACGGAACUUUUUUCCAAUAUGUCAAUGGUCAGAUUGAAGAGUUCCCACUAACUUGGGAUAUGCCCUUGCGAAUUGCAACAAAAGUUGCAGGAGCUCUCUUCUACUUACACUCAGCAGCUUCCACUCCUAUUUACCAUCGGGAUAUUAAGUCUACAAACAUACUUUUAGAUGAUAAAUACAGAGCCAAAGUAGCUGAUUUCGGGACUUCAAGAAGUAUCGACGUUGAUCAAACUCACUUAACCACACUAGUACAUAGCACUUUUGGAUACUUGGACCCUGAAUAUUUACAGUCAAGUCAGUUUACAGGAAAAAGUGAUGUUUAUAGUUUUGGUGUUGUCCUUUCUAAGUUGUUAGCCGGAGAAAAAGCAAUCUCUUUAACAAUGACACAAGAACCGAGAAGUUUAGCCUCAUAUUUCAUUCAAUUGGUGGAGGAAAAUGAUUUGUUUGAUAUUAUUGAUUGUCAAGUUUUUAAGGAAUGUAGGAAAGAAGAGAUCAUUAUGGUCGCGAAUCUAGCAAAAAGGUGCUUGAACUUAAACAGGAAGAAACAACCGACAAUGAAAGAAGUUACAAUGGAGUUGGAGGCAGUUCAAAUGUUGCAAAAAGGUCCUAACCUUCAAAAAAACUACGAAGAGUUUGAAUAUGUCAAAGUCGAAGUGUACGAGUUAUGGGAUGCUAUUCCCACAUCAAUAGUGUCAACCUCAGUCAUAGACGUCCAACCAUUAUUAUCUUCUUAA